AUGGCGCACUUGAAUCGGGUCGAGUCCAAGGCAAAGAAGCUCCUGACACAAUCCAAGGCCCAGCGCAGCAGCGUGCAGAUCAUAAAGGACGUGAGCUCUCUUAAACUCUACACCCAGUCGGCGGCUGCCAUGCAGGGGGUUUCACAGAAGCGAUCAAAGGCGAGCGUCACCGAGGAGAUGGUUUCCGAAAGCACGUCCGAGCACGCGUGGUGUUGCCACGUUCGAGGAGGACGAGGUUGA